AGAGAACACAUGCCCAACCCAAACUGAAAAUGUAGAAAGAUAAAGCAAAAAUCAAAAAGUAUUUGCAAUGCGAAUAGUCACAAACAUGUAAAGGAAAUAAAUAUUUGGACUGGGUCAUACGUCCAGUGCAGGCUGUUAAAUCUUUUUUUGCUUUUUCAUUUAUUUCUCUUCUGCUAGUUUUCAGAUCUUACAUAUUUUGCUACCACUUGUUAUUCCAUUUUCAUACCCCCGUUGCAUUACGCAUUUGUUUUUAAUAUUUCCACUUAUAUCCAAUCGCCCUUUGCUUUAAUUGUAAAGCCCGGCGCGCGCUGCAUUUGUUGUCCGCACUCAUAGAAUACGCUCAGUACAUAUAAUUGUUUCUGUUUAAUGAUCAUCAACUACAAGCGAAUAUCCGCUCUGUUACACCCAGAGCCCGAGUUUAUGCGGCAGGUUUUAAAGGAGAUGCUGCACACUGGGAUAGCACUUAUGACUGUAUCAAUAGUCAUUAUAUGGUUAACAAUGUGCCAGGGCUGGUCUGACAUGCGAUGGGCGCGCUGGCGAAAACACGGUGAGAGGAGAACAGUGCCGCUGAAUGAUAUGGUUCUGGGCCGCCUGUCAUACAUGGAUGGUCGCAAUACGUGGGUUUCUGAUGCACUGGUUAACUCGGCCGGCAUAAUAUGUCUACUUGGCAACAUAUUAAUGGCGCGCGGGUGGCGGGCACGGUUAAUUGUGUUUCGGCGGAUCGCAUGGUUUUUGUCUAUUAUUUACUUCUUGCGGUCUAUCACUAUGUCAGUAACCACUAUACCACCGCCAAUCACAAACUGCGUGCCAAUAGUCAUUCAAGAUGCAAAUGAUAUGCUGAGAGUGAUCUCUGAUGUGCUUUCUGGCAGAACCAAGGGGUGCACAGAUAUGGUGUUUUCCGGACAUACAGCUGUUUGUGUUGUUUCGUUUCUGUUCUGGGUCAAGUACGCACGUCAUUGGUCGUUCAUUGUAUACAGCGCCAUACACACAGUGGUGGGUAUUUCUAGCGUGCUGCUGGUGCGCUAUCACUACACGCUGGACGUGCUCUUAGCCAUAAUGAUGACUUUCUUUGUUGACUUUGUCUACUACCGCUCCCUGGACUCUGCUGUGCGUCAGCGCUUAGCCGCCGACCGCUGCACUCGCUACAUCGCUGUUUUUGGCAAGGACGCGUUUGCCACUUCGGCCAAAAACCGCGGGACUGGCUUUGUGUACAGCCGCGUCGCAUCCGAGGACAAUAAAGAGUUUACCCACAGCAACACUGGCCCUGAUGCUAUCAACAACUCACCGGCACGUGCUGGCCAGGAUGCAAAAAUUGUUGAACUUGAACGAGCUUACAGCUCCGCAUUUACAUUGAACACGCCAGUGCAAGAACCAAAGACAGCAUUCCCUGAGACGCUCAUCGGUCCCGAUGAUAUUGAAAAGGCGCUUGGUACAUCAUUGGCACAGGAGCAGUUCUACACGACAGGCCUGGUCCACGAUGAGGACAGUAAUACUUACCACCAGGACAUGCUGCUUAUCAACAGACCACUGAGCAAGUGCCUCUCUACCGUCGUCGCAUGGAUGGACGGCCUGCACUUGCGCUGAUAUUAAAUAAAUG